AUGUCUUCAAAUCUUUCUGGAUAUGUUUGUGUAGUUACUGGAGCUAGUCGUGGUGUAGGUCAAGGUAUUGCAAUUGGUCUUGGAAAAGCAGGAGCUACUGUUUACAUUACUGGAAGAACAUUGUCAUCUGAAGGUGCCAAAGGUGGUGGAAGUCUUUAUGAUACUGCUCAUAUUAUUAAUGCUGCUGGUGGAAAAGCCAUCCCUGUAGCUGUAGAUCAUUCUGAUGAUACACAAGUCGCUGGAUUAUUUUCACGUAUUCAUAAAGAACAAUGUGGACGAUUAGAUAUAUUUGUUAAUUGUGCUUUUAGUGCAAUCGAUCAUUUACUACUGGUCAGUAAAUCACCUUAUUGGGAGUAUAAAAAUGGUCCAGGUGAAGAAUGGGACUUGGUGAAUCGUGUUGGUUUACGUAAUGCCUAUAUAUGCAAUGUAUUAGCUACACGUAUGAUGAUUAAAUGUCGUGAAGGAUCAUUAAAUUGUUCAAAAGAUUCAGUGAAUGUGUGUAAUCAUCAUUUGGCUAGUGGUACACCAUUAAUCAAUACCACGACGACGACGACGACGACAACGACGACUACUAGUACCACUAAUCAGUUACCUACUGGAUUAAUUGUAAAUAUUUCUAGUUUUGGAGGAACUGUACGCAUAUUCAAUGUUGCAUUCUGUGCAGGCAAAUCUGCUUUAGAUCGUAUUACUCAAGAGAUGGCACGUGAUUUAAAACAGCAUAAAGCAAAUGUUAGCGUAGUCAGUAUUAUACCUGGACUUGUACAAACUGAAUCUGUUGUCUCCGCCUAUGAAAGUGGAAAUUCACCGAAAUUAUUUGGUUAUGAUAUCAGUCUAAGAAUGGCUAUGCCAGCUCCAGUACUCGGUGAUCUCAUUGCAUGUCUAGCCAGUCAAUCAAAGAGUAAAAAGUUACUUCAACGUUCCGGCCAUUGUUUAUUUGCACCAGAUUUAACUCAUGAAUUUGGUAUACGAUCAGCUGAUGGAUAUCAUUUUACAAAUCUCCGUUCAAUUAAAACAUUAUUACAAUUAAUGGGUUGGAAGAAAUUAGCUAUCCUUUUCCCAGGAUUUAUUAAACUACCCUAUUGGUUAAUUGCUAUAUUCACCUCGAAAUUUUAG